CUGACGAAGCGUCGUCCUCGGCGCGCUCCUCGGCAAGGCCAGUUGACAGUGAAGCAACUGCAGCCGGAGGACCGCUCAAGCAGCCGAAGCAGCCGGAGGACUGCCGAAGCAGCCGGAGGUCUGCCGAAGCAGUCGGAGGACUGCCGAAGCAGCCGGAGGACUGCCGAAGCAGCCGGAGGACUGCUGAAGCAGCCGGAAGACCGCCGAAGCAGCCGGAAGACCGCCCAAGCAGCCGGAGGUCUGCCAAAGCAGUCGGAGGACUGCCAAAGCAGUCGGAGGACUGCCAAAACAGUCGGAGGACUGCCAAAACAGUCGGAGGACUGCCAAAGCAGUCGGAGGACUGCCAAAGCAGCUGAAGGGUCGCGAUUGAAGCUGAAGGGUCGCAACUGCAGUUGA